AUGGACAUAACAACAAUAUUAAACAAGAAGGCCUCCGUCUCCGUGGUUGCCGCAGAGGUACAGCAGCUCCAACAACAUCUCGCCCAGGCCCAGGCGGCCGACGAUGCAAAGUCGCGGUCUCCCUCAGAGAUGGGCUCAGAGCAUGGCUCUGCCUCUGCGCCACCCAGCGAGCACCAGCAAACUUACCCGUCUUCAACCCAAUCUCUGCCUCAGAUGGCUCACCUAGCUCAGUACCAUGUCCAGGCACAGGCUACCCAUAACAACUACGCUCACAGCGCGCAUGGGUCUGAUUAUGGCAGGAAUGGCAGUGGAAACAUGAGGCCCAGCGGUCUUCCUGCCCUAAAGACCUUCCACUGUCAGACAUGUAGCAAGGGAUUUGCUCGACGGAGCGAUCUGGCUAGGCACGAACGCAUUCAUAGUGGUAUCAGACCCCAUGCUUGCGACUGGCCAGGCUGUGGUAAACAGUUCAUUCAGCGUUCGGCCCUGACUGUUCACACGCGUGUCCACACUGGUGAAAAGCCUCACAUGUGCGAUCGAUGCGGCAAGCCAUUCAGCGACUCCAGCUCCCUAGCCAGGCAUCGCAGGAUCCAUUCUGGCAAAAGACCGUACAAGUGUCCCUACGCCAACUGCCAAAAGACAUUCACCCGCCGCACAACCCUUACCCGCCACCAGAACCACCACACCGGAACUAUCGAAGAGGCCGCUGCUGAGACAGAAGCCAACCUCCGUCACAGCAAAGACCGAGUCAGUAGACCAUCCGACUACUCGGAAGCAGGCUCUGCACACUCUACCCCAUCUCCAGCGCAACGACCCUCUCUCUCCCCCGGCAAUGAACUUCCCCCGCUAAACCUAUCUCGUCCAUCGGGCGACUAUUACACCUCGCUACCACCACAUUUACGAACAGACUUCCAACAAUCAAGUCCCCGCGCCUCGCCAACCUCCCCCUCACCAACACUAACCAGCCUAAGUGGGCCUGCAUCUUACCACAACAGACCGUCCCUCACCUCUCACCCGUCCGGUUACGGGCCUCCCCAGCCCCUCGAGCCCCCGGCCAACAGUGACCCGCGACCUAACAGCGUCGCAGGAAGUCCUCACCUCUCAUCCGUCGGCUGGGCAUCUCCAACCCUAAGCAGCAUGCCGUCUCCCAGCUCCGCUUCUGCCCCAGAAUAUUCCUACCCCGAGCCAUCCAGCCACCAAUACCCAGGCGGAAUAACGCCGCACAUGUUCUUCUCCGGACAGGGGUUGCGGCGUCCCCAGAGCUCGGAGCCAGAAAACUACGAGAUGAAGCCAAAGCUCGAAAUGAGCUGA